CCGACUAGAAACACGCGGCUGUGUGUUGUUGUGCAGCAGCUAACGAUCCGCUGAUAUUCACGCUGCAGACUGAAUUAGCACCGUCAAACAUAAGUGCAGAGGAUUUGUUCGCUUGUCUGUUUGUAAAUGGACGGAGUGCCGUGCCUUCGUGUGUCUCAGCGUCAUGCACAGCAGUUUAGGAGAUGUCUACAGUCCAAAGGAGCUCUUGACCUGAGUUUGUGCUUGCUGAAGCACUCAGAUGACACAGUCCUUCUUCCCAUAUUACCAUCCAGUCUGCCACAACUUGAUCUGCAGUCUCUGAGAGCAAUGGUGGCUUCAGACAGUGCUUGUGAAAUAGUUUGGAGGCAGUCUCAUCUGCAGUCAAAGAAGGAUCGAGGACAGAAACGUGGUAAUAAAUUGGAGGAAAUCCUCCAGGAGCUGUUGGGAUCUCAUGGUGAAAGAUGGACAGAGGAGCUGAGGGGAGACCUCCCUCGCAGCUUCCAGAGGCAUGGAGACUUAGUCCUGCUAGGAGACAACUGUUUCUCCUCGCCACUGUGGAAGAAAAUGGAUCGACAGCUGUGGAGUGCAGUGGUCAAAGGACUUGGGGCAAAGCGUCUGGCAAAGAUGAGUCGAAUAUCCCCGGAUGGAUUUAGGUCUCCUGUGGUGACGAUGCUGUUAGGAGAGCACAGCUGGGUCAAACAUGUGGACAAUAAGAUUUGUUAUGAGUUUGAUGUUACCAAAUGCAUGUUCUCAGCUGGAAACAUAACAGAGAAGCUCCGAGUAGCUGGAUUCGACUGCAGAGGGGAGACUGUGGUGGAUUUGUAUGCAGGGAUCGGAUACUUCACCCUCCCAUAUCUGGUACAUGCGGGCGCUGGUCAUGUUCACGCCUGUGAGUGGAACCCUGACGCAGCUGAAGCUUUGCAGAAAAACCUCGUGGCAAAUGGGGUGUCUGACCGCUGCACUGUUCAUCAAGGAGACAACCGACAACUUCAGCUGUGUGACAUUGCUGACAGAGUGAAUCUGGGUCUCAUACCGAGCUCUGAGGAGGGCUGGCCUGUUGCCUGUCGACUGCUGAAGAAAACAACUGGUGGCGUUUUGCACAUUCACCAGAACGUUACCACACCAUUACCAAACACAGCGGCCAUUCCAGAAAUCAAUGAUGCCAUCCAGGGGGUUUCCAGGAAGGCGGCUGACCGAGAGGUUUGGCAGACCUGGGCCGAUGACACAGCAAACCGCAUCACCUCUAUUUUAAAGGACAUGACUGGUGUACUGUGGUUAACAAACAUCCAACAUAUAGAACAUGUAAAGUCAUAUGCACCUCAUGUUCACCAUAUUGUGCUGGACUUGGAGUGCAGACCAUCCUGAGCUGAAGAGAUGAGCACAGAGAUUUUAAUGUUGCAUUUUCUGGAGAAAGAAAAAGGCAAUUGCAUGGUUCAGAAAUGUCCACUGUAACAAAAGACUAUGCCAGCUGGUUUCUAUGAUUAUUUAAUUUGUCAGCUGCUGCAAUGUUUUUAAUAAAGCUUUAUU